AUGGAGCUCUCCUGCCAAACGCUGCGAACCACCUACCAGGCGAGAGAGGCGGAUGAGAUGCGAACAGAAGCUCGUCGAAAAAAUCUCCUCAUUCUAAUUUUGCAUUAUUUAAUGGAGGAAGGGUAUGUCGAUGCUGCAAAUGCUUUGGAACAAGAGACGAAAUUAAGUUUACGUGGCUUUGAAGUUUGUGACAACAUUGAUCUUGAGACAAUUUUGAUGGAAUAUGAAAGCUAUUACUUUGUAAAAUUUCAGAAGUAUCCUAAAAUUACCAAGAAGGUCCUGGACACUGCAGAAAAUAAACAACAGCUGAGAACUGGAGGGAGACCUAGAAGGGCAGCAAGUUGUUCUCAGAAUCUCCCCAGGCUCAAACAUCAGACAGUGCAACAACCAUUGUCAAAAACUUCUCCUGGGAGUACAGCAGAAUUUAACUCAUCCACCAAGGAGAGCCCCAAACAGAAUAACGACAGUGCAGUUGCUCUGGAGCAAUCUGACUUUGGUUUAAGCAUCUCAGCAAUCAACAGAAGUGGAGGAGACAGCACUCACCCGAGAAGGGGCCAAGUAAUUGACUUCCAUGGGACAAUUCAAGAUGCUGUCAAAGUGUCAUCAAAUGGAAUAGCCUUGAACAGCCUUAAUUAUGAUCCAGAUCCAUCUGAACGAUUAUUGAAACCCCUUAGUGCUUUUAUUGGCAUGACUAGUGAGAUGAGAGAACUUGCAACAGUUAUAAGCAAAGACAUUUAUCUCCAUAAUCCAAACGUGAAGUGGGAUGAUAUUAUCGGACUGGAUGCAGCUAAAAGGCUAGUCAAGGAAGCAGUUGUUUAUCCCAUCAGGUACCCCCAGCUGUUUACAGGCAUUCUGUCUCCUUGGAAAGGAUUAUUGCUGUAUGGACCACCAGGUACUGGAAAAACUUUGCUUGCUAAGGCUGUUGCCACAGAAUGCAAUACAACCUUUUUUAACAUAUCAGCAUCCACCAUUGUCAGCAAAUGGAGGGGUGAUUCAGAAAAACUCGUCCGGGUGUUAUUUGAGCUUGCCCGGUACCAUGCUCCUUCCACAAUUUUCUUGGAUGAGCUGGAAUCAGUUAUGAGUCAAAGAGGCACUGCUUCUGGUGGUGAACAUGAAGGAAGUCGGCGGAUGAAAACAGAAUUACUGGUGCAGAUGGAUGGCUUGGCCCGAUCUGAUGAUCUUGUAUUUGUUUUAGCAGCUUCCAAUCUGCCAUGGGAGUUAGAUUCUGCCAUGCUGCGGCGGUUGGAGAAGAGGAUUUUGGUUGAUCUUCCAAGUAAAGAAGCACGGCAGGUGAUGAUCCAGCACUGGCUGCCCCCUCGGAGCAACAGCAGAGGAGUGGAGCUGAGAACAGAUCUGGACUAUGGCUUGUUGGGACAGGCAACAGAAGGAUACUCCGGCUCAGACAUAAAGCUCGUGUGCAAGGAAGCAGCGAUGAGACCAGUGAGGAAGAUUUUUGAUGCUCUUGAAAAUCAUCAGCCAGGUAACAGUAACUUACCCGUGAUCCGAUUAGACAUGAUCACAACAGAAGAUUUCCUGGAUGUGAUUGCCCACUCCAAGCCAUCAGCAAAAAAUCUACGCCAGAAGUACGCAGCUUGGCAGGAAGAAUUUGAGUCAGUUUGA